AUGUAUUUGGAGGAACCAAAGGAGGAGGAUUUGGAGGAGUGGAAAUUAGGGUUUGUGUUAGAGGAAAAGGGGAAAGAGAUUGAGGAUUUGAUCAAAGAGAAUCCUGUGAUUGAAGAGAUUUAUGAGAACAUUGUUCCGACUAGGGUUGACAAGGAGAGUUUUUGGAUUAGGUAUUUUUAUAGAGUACAUAAGCUGAAGCAAGUCGAGGAGGCGAGAGCUAAGCUCAUGAAGCGAGUGAUUUCCCGUGGCGAAGAAGAGGAUUUGAGUUGGGAUUUUGAUGACGAUGAUGAUGAAGAAAAUGGCGAGAACAAUAAUAUUAGUAAUAAUAAUAAUGUAGUUUCUCGGAAUCAAGACAAUGUUGUUGAAAAUGUUGGUGUGAAAUUGGAUGAGAAAAGAGGGGAUAGUGAGGAAUCAGGGCGAAACGUGUCUUAUUAUAGCUUCUUUAUGGAGCAAAAGUUGCUCAAUGGUCUGAGUGGAGUUAGCGGAAAACAACUUGUUCCUACUUCAUUGAUAGUUUGGUAUCCGAAAGAGAAGAAUUCUCAUAAUGCAUCACAGUCCACCAUCCAGGAUAAAAUCGAGGAUAAAAUUUUCGAUUGGGUGCUUGCAGCACUUGGAUGUUAUCUGAUUCGCUACAAAAGUAACGUUGAUAAUCUCAAAACCCGAGUUAAGGAGCUGCGAGGGGCCAGAGAUAGACUGCAACGUAUUGUUGAUACUGAUAGAGGGAAUCUAAUGAAAAUUGAAGAUGAUGUUAAGAGACGGCUUACCGAAUCUGAUGACAUAAUAGCAGUGGCAGGGAUAAUCCUUGAAGAUGAUAAGAAGGGAUGGUGGCUCAAUAUUAUGUCCCGUUAUCAAGUGAGCAAGAGGGCAGACAAGGCAGCAUUGGAAGCCAAGAAUUUGAAGAAUGAGAUAUUAAAGAUCGAUGGCAAUAGCGUUGGCUAUCAUGAGCCUACACAAGUGGUAGAGACUGCGACGUCAAAUAGAGGGUAUGAGGUCUUUGAAUCAAGAAGGCUUAUAUUAACUGAUGUUCUGAAAGCACUUGAAAAUCCUGAUAUCACUAGGAUUGGGGUGUACGGGAUGGGAGGUAUCGGGAAAACCAUGCUAGUCAAAGAAGUUCUAAAACAAGCUGAGAAAGGCAAGUUGUUUGACAAGUACCUUUUUUUAGUUGUAUCCAAUGAUCCAGACUUGAAAAGGAUUCAAAGGGAAAUUGCGGAGCAAUUAGAUCUAGAACUUGCGGUGGAGAGUGAAUUAGUAAGAGCAGAUAAACUGCGUCAGCGAUUGAAACAAGAGAAUAGGGUCCUUAUAAUUUUGGAUGACAUUUGGAAGUACCUGGACUUGGAAGCUCUUGGGAUUUUCUUUGGAGAUGAUCAAAAGGGGUGCAAAUUAUUGCUGACGUCCAGACUUCAGAAUACACUACGCGAUAUGGGUACCCAAAAGCAGUUUCCAGUUGGAAUUUUAUCAGAUAAUGAAGCGAUAAGCUUGUUUGAGAAGAUAGUUGGGUAUUUAGCCGGUGAAUUCAAAUCUAAGAUGCCUCGAAUUGUCAAAGAAUGUGCUGGAUUACCAAUUGCCAUUACAACCGUUGCAAAUGCGUUGAAAAAUAGAAAAAAUAUAGGUGUUUGGAAGUAUGCACUCAAUCAGUUGAAAAAGUCUCGCCCAAUAGAGAUUGUGGGAACGGAUGAGAAGGCCGUGUACGAAAGUAUAAAGUUGAGUUACGAGUUUUUACCUGAUGAAGAAAAGUCAUUAUUGUUGCUUUGUAGUCUACAUGGAGAGGAUUACGACAUAAUGAUAGAAGACUUGUUGAAAUAUGCUGUGGGUUGGGACUUGUUGAAAAACGACCAUAAAAUAGAAGAUGCUAGAUCUACGGUGCACAAAUCGGUUGAAGGACUCAAAGAUUCUUGCUUAUUGUUGGAUGGUAAUUAUAAUGGAACAGUCAAAAUGCAUGACGUAAUUCGUGACGUCGUCAUUAAUAUUGCAGCUGAAGAAAGGCAUAUGUUUACUAUAAGAACUGUUGAUGAAUUGCAAACUCGGUCUAAACGUAAAGAUACAGUUGCAAUUUCGUUGCCUUACAUUAAUGAUGAUUUAGACCUUCCUAAUCAGUUUGAAUGUUCAAAGCUUGAGUUACUUUUGUUGUUCAGGCAAAAAGAGGGUUUCCGUUUCAGGCAAAAAGGUUUCCGUAAAGAAUCUAAAGAUACAGUUGCAAUUCCAGAUUCAUUUUUUGAAGGGUUAAAGGAUCUCAAAGUGUUGAAGUUAUCUGGAAGCUGGUAUGAAGUACUUCUACUUCCUUCAUCACUUUCGUCCCUUGAAAACCUCCAAACAUUGUGUUUAGACGGUGAGGUACAGAAUGCAAUCAUAAUUGGAGAACUGAAGAAUUUGAAAGCUCUUAGCCUUUCAUUGCCCGGUGCUGAACGGUUACCAAAAGAGAUAGGGCAGCUGACUCACCUUCAGUUACUAGAUUUGAGAGGAUGUUCCAAACUUAAAUUUAUUCCACCCAAUGUGUUAUUUAAUCUGAAGACGUUAGAAGAAUUAUAUUUGCCAGAUAAUGUUGAUUGGGAGGUGGAAGCACAAAGCAGUGAAAGCACAGAAAGAAUUAAUGCAAUGGUCUCAGAGUUGGACCAUUUGACUCACUUGACCAAGUUACAUAUAUGUAUUAAGAAUGCAAAGAUUCUUCCAAAAGCCAAGCUUUUUGAAAGGUUGGAAAGCUAUAGAGUGGCCAUAGGCAGUGCUUUGUUCUGGAAUGAAACUUCAGAAACUUCACGAAUUUUAAAGCUCAAUAUAAUCUUGGAAUCGGACUAUGGGUAUAAAGUAUUAUUGAGGAAAUGUGAAUCUCUCUUUUUGGUUAUAAUGAAGGGUGUUAAAAAUAAUCUAUAUGAAUUAGAUUUGGAAGGCUUUCCAUGUUUGAAGCAUCUCAAGGUCGAGAAAAAUGAUGAGAUUCAGUAUAUUAUCAAGUCUAUGGGAGUUCGAGGUACUGUCUUUCCUAUCUUGGAGUCAAUUAAACUACAGUAUGUGAACAAUUUGGAACGAAUAAGCUACAUGCGAACAACGGAGUCUUUUUGUAACUUGAGAGUGGUAAAAGUGAGCAACUGUUGUCAGUUGGAAUUUGUCUUCUCCUCAUCUAUGGUUGGAUGCUUUUCACACCUGCAGGAAAUGAAUAUAGAAGAUUGCGAGAUAAUGAGUGCAAUAGUUGCGAUAGAAAGAGAAGAAGAAAUUGAGGUCAAUAGUGACGACAACAUUAUGUUUGCAAAUCUCCAAUCUCUGAGAUUUAAGGAAUUUAUUAAAGUUAAAGGGCUUCCUUUCUGUUGUUGA